AUGACCGCCAGAGCUCGACGACCUCAGAACAAUCCCGGCCGGCCGCCCCUGACUAUCAAAACUGAAUCAGAUGCGAAUGGAAACGGCUACAUCAACGUCAACGGCAGAAUGAGCAGCGGAGUAGAGAUGCGCCGCAAGGCCGCUAAUCCAGACACCGAAAAUGUUGCUGCAAACUUCAUCAAGAGCGAAUCCUUUUCCCUCGACGAUCCUGUUCCAAAAACGCCCGCCCUUAACGACCAUGGUUUCUUCGAGCUUCCUCGCCAGGACCAGAGAAGUUUCCUUCUCUUGGUACUUUUAUACUUCUUGCAAGGAAUUCCUAUGGGCCUAGCGACUGGUUCGGUGCCUUUUCUUCUUAAGAACCAUAUGUCGUACAGCGAGAUUGGUAUUUUCAGUUUGGCCUCUUAUCCUUACUCUCUGAAGUUAUUCUGGAGUCCUUUCGUGGACGCCGUCUGGAGUCCCAAGAUUGGUCGCCGCAAGACCUGGAUUGUGCCCAUUCAAUUUCUCUCUGGAUUCGGUAUGCUAUGGCUGGGUUCCCACGUCGAAGACAUGAUGGAAACGGCUGGCAAGCCCGGCGGCAUGACAGCUUUCUCCUUCAUGCUCUGGUGGUUUUUCCUCGUCCUUAUGUGCGCCACCCAGGAUAUUGCCGUGGACGGCUGGGCCCUUACACUUCUGACUCCUGGAAACGUAUCCUACGCUUCGACCGCUCAGACAGUUGGCCUUACCGCUGGCCACUUUAUGUCUUAUACCGUUUUCCUCGCCUUUAAUGCGGCUGAUUUUGCCAAUAAGUGGUUUCGAACUGUUCCUUCAGACGAAGGCCUCCUCUCACUCGGAGGAUAUCUCAAGUUCUGGGGCUGGUCAUAUAUCAUUGUUACCGUUGGACUUGGUCUUUUGAAGAAGGAGGACAAAUCACAGAACGAAGAUGGCGUCUGGGAUGUCUACCGCAUCAUGUGGGGUAUUCUGAAGCUUAAGAAUGUUCAGACCAUCAUCAUUGUUCAUCUUAUUGCCAAGAUUGGCUUUCAGGCUAACGACGGUGUCACCAACUUGAAGCUUCUGGACAAGGGAUUCGGUAAGGAUAACAUGGCCCUGACGGUCCUUAUUGAUUUCCCCUUCGAGAUUGGUCUGGGUUACUAUGCUGGAAUGUGGUCUCAAAAGUACACCCCUAUGCGUCUUUGGUGCUGGGGCUUCGCGGGUCGACUGAUUGCCGCUCUCUCCGCGCAAUUUGUUGUCGCAAUCUUUCCCUCUGAGGGAGUUACAUCUUGGUAUUUGUUGGUGGUCAUCGCUGAGCACUUGUUCUCGACAUUUACCAACACCAUCAUGUUUGUCGCCGUCUCAGCUUUCCAUGCUCGAGUGUCGGAUCCAGUCAUUGGUGGUACAUACAUGACACUCCUUGCAACUGUAUGCAAUCUUGGUGGUACAUUUCCCAGAUACUUCGUACUACAGCUCGUCGACAGUUUUACUGUAGCUACAUGCCAACCUGGCAAGUCCGAUGCCUCUUCAUUGAAGGGCACGCUGGUCACUGAGGCCUUCUCAUGCGCGGUACAAUCCGAAAAGGAGAGAUGUGAAGCUGGUGGCGGAACUUGCGAGAUGAUCCACGACGGAUACUACACUGUAAACGUGUUGUGCGUACUGUUCGGUGCUGCGACAUUUUUCUGGUACAUCAAGCCCAAGGUGUUGCAUCUCCAGAGUCUGCCUCUACGAGCGUGGAGAUUGACAAACGAAAACAAGCGAUAA